AUGAGCUCUAGGUUUAUAUUACUGGGUUUAUUCGUUCCACUGGCUUUUUUACUUUACACCCAAUCAACCUUUGUUAAAAUGACAAAUGUCGUCUGUCAUUCGUACAACAAGUCCUGGGCAGUUUUCCAUUACUGUCGGCUAAAGGCCUAUUCUCGGAACAAAACCAGCUUGAAUAUAAAUGCAACAUUUCUGCAUCCUGCCAGGAAUGUAUCCCUCGGAUUUGCGUUGCUGAAAAGGGCCAAUGGCUAUAAGCCAUUUCUGUACAAUAUCACCAUCGAUGCUUGCCUCUUUUUGCGAAAGCGUCAUAAUCCCGUCAUCAAGAUGUUCUAUAAUGUUAUCAUGGAUGUGUCUACCUUGAACCAUUCUUGUCCUUAUGUGGGCUUGCAGGUGGUAAGUGAUUUUCACAAAAUAUCGCUUCCUCUUCCAGUUCCAUCGGGAGAUUACUUAGUCUGCCUAGAUUUUAUUUUCGAUGGCAGGACGCAGUUCUUUGUCAACAUUUAUGCCCGCCUGGUAGAGGAUUUACUUUGA